GUUUUCCACAUGAGGCCCAGUGCAGAUAAAGUAGGGUGGGACUAUAUAUCCGCAAUGAAGACUCUUUUCUCACUUUAACCAAAAGCAAGGCAGACUGUGAUUGUUGUUCGUCUUCUGGCGUAUUAUGAAGCCGAUUCUUCAGGCGACAUCGUCUCCGCAGGACGUCACCCACGCAGCUGCACUGCUGGCAUAUCUGAACCAUCAGAGGGAUCAGGGCAUAUUCUGUGACUGUGUUCUCAGGCAGGGGCAGAACUCAGAUCAGCUGUACCAUGCACACAGGUGUAUCCUGGCAGCCUCCAGCCCAGUGUUGGCAUCCAUCCUGUCCUCAUCGGGUGCCCUGGUGGAACUACACGAUCCAAGUCUCUCGGACUCUGUGCUACCUUCCCUUUUGGACUACAUUUACACUGGCGUUCUUCCAUGCCCUCUCAGCGAACAGGAACAUUACAGACUGCUCUCUGCUGCCUGCCAAAUGCAGAUGAAAGAACUGCAGGAUGCUCUGAGAGCGAACUGGCUGCAGAUCCAAGGGAAUGCUGAGGAUGAUAAAAAUGCUCCCGUUAUAGUUGAAAUGUACUCAUUUAAAGAGACAGAAGAUUCUUGUAAAACUGAUUUUGAGACCUUCAAACACCUUCCGUCAUCAACCACAGCAUGUAAUUUUCAAAGCCAUGAAGCAACUAGACAUUCAUUACUUAAUGAGAUAUUUCAAGAACCCCGGGUCACUUCCGAUGACAGUCCUGAAAAUGAUGAAAGAAAAAUCAAAAAUCAACAUGUGAAUGGUCACACAAGAACUGACUUGGCUGCUUUCAAUGAUUUAAAUACUUUCGGUAUUCUUGGAAGUAUUGACAAAGACAAUGCAGGUGACGACAGACAGGUGACAUCGCCGACCCAACGGAAAUCUUUGAGGUCCAAAGAUGAGAAAACUCUGAUGCAUGACUUACCUGGAGUAGAUGUGCAUCAUUCACCAAACUUUGUAAAACCAGACAUGAGACAGAGAACCCCAGAGGAAGACCUACUCAGGAGGUCUAAGGAAAGAAAGGGACGCUCUUCAUCUCCGUCAUCGUCGCCAUCCCCAUGCUCUGAGGCGGUGCCUGUCAUUUGUCACAGCAGCAGAGUGGCUGUCCUGCAGCAGUCAGAAGACUCUGUGUGGCCUCACAGUGAAGCAUCUCAGUCUUUUGUCCAGCCUCCCUCCAAAAUCGCCGACUUCUCACUCUCAUCAGGCAUAGGCAAUGACAACAGUGUGGAAGCAAUUACCACUGAGUGCAAAGAUCAAAAUGGAGCACAAAGUCAGGACCCCAGAAGCACUAUAAGCCACAUUAGCUGUGCUACUGACCACAAGGUGGACAAGGAUUACAACAGCAGCAAUGUGCAUCUAUUUAAAUUCAAUAACACCUGCGAGAAUGCAUCAAAUAAUAUGAACAAUAACAAUCAGACCGCCCGUCUGGAUUCUUUGCAAAGUCACACAGAAUAUUAUGGAGAGUAUGUGGUCCAGAGUAAUGUCUCAAGAAGAGGCUUAAAGCACCAAAUUGAAAGAGAUUAUGAUCCUGUUCCCUCCAAAAAUCAACACUUUGAUUGUUGUCAGUGUCAGAGAACAUUGUUGACAACUUCAACACAAGAGCAAUCAAUACAUCAGGGAGCUGCAGUUUCACUUCUCAUGGAGGUUGAAGACACAGGAAGUGCUUCUCCGUGCGAAGAAUGUCUUGAGGUGGAAGUGAAAAGGGGACCCAGUUACUCCAGUAUCUGUCUUGAUGUAACAGAUAUGAAGACAAAUCACUGUAAGACAUCUGGACCUAUAACAGACUGGUACACAAAGAUGCACAAAGACGACAAAAGCAGAAAGGAUAUCUCUGACAAAGUCAGUAGCACACAAACCAAAUUCAGAUUUAUCACAUCGCAAUCUGGAUUGACUGAUGUCACUGACAGUUUCUCUGCUUCGAAAUGUGGCAAAGUGGUGGAACGUAGAAAAAACUCAUCCUCUGAAAACACGGAGCCAUGUUCCUUUGUAACAGCACCUCUGGACCACAACUUUUCUGGCACUACAAGAACCUCUGGUCAGCUAAAUCACCGGCAUCUUUCCCAUCAGGGUGAACCAUGUGACGACGCAUCACUUCAAGAUUUAAAUCACAAACACCUCAAGCCCUGCUUGUCUCCUGACUCGAAUGAGUUAGGUGAUGAGGUUAAUACUCCUUUUUCAGGUAAAAGAUCACUGAGUCAACACUUUUUAAUAGAGACAGAAGACCAGCCAGACAUAAACACCAAACAUGAUGAGCUGCCUGUGUCCUGUCAACAUGGACAUCACAAAGAAGAAAAGCAGUUUGUUGUAAUGGAUUCAGCUGCAAUCCUGAGUCCUGAUGAUGCACAAGCAAAUCAAGAUUCCUCUGUAGCCAGAGCUGAGAGGUUAGAUGAGGCUGAUGGACAGAGAGACGUAAAAAAAAGAAACCCAUUUGAUAUAAAACUAUCCCAAGCAGGACCCUGCGUUACACAAAACAUUAGUGUGAUGGAGGUUUCCAAACCCGAAGAGCAUGAGACUAAGAGCAGCUCCACUCCAGUUUGUUCACCUCUUGGUGAACCAGAAUGCGAUCGAGCCUCAAAGCCAUCCACUGCAUCUGUCUGCAUACCUUCCACCCGUCCAGCCUGCAUGCCAACAGAUAGGUCAGCUCAUCUGUCAUCUCCCAGUCACCAGCCUUUCCAGUGCUCUUUGUGUGAUCGCUCCUUCAGCCAGAGGGGUUCUCUGAACAGACAUGUGCGGAGCCACCUUGGCGUACGGCCCUUCCCCUGCCCCUGCUGCCCGAUGACCUUCUCACGCCAAUACCGUGUCACAGAGCACAUGCGUGUUCAUCAGCGUUCUGCGCUUGGAAAUGGUUUGCAAAAGUCCUCUGUAAUAAAGGACUAAAGGUCACAAAGUGAGAAUUGAUUGACAUUUUCACAGUAAAUUCCUAAGAAGGAAAACUGACAGCUUA